AAUGUCUGACCCGAGCUCCAGGCGCAGGCUGGAGCUCCGGGUCCCCGUUGCCGCCGCGCCCGGGCGCACCCGCCCGCUCGCUGUCCCGCGCACCCCGUCUCGUCGCGGGCUUCCGGGCGCGGCCGAGGAACCGGCCCGGCGCGCCCCCCACCUCCUCCACGGGAAGCGUUGAUGAGACGCUUGAACUGCAGCUGCCACCGCUGCUGUGGGGCCGGCGGCGAGCGGCUCCGCGACGGGGACCUGGGCUGGGCGCAGGGGCCAGGAGCGGGACGACGAUGUGACUCCGCCGCCGGGGACCCGUGAGCUUUGUGUGGACCCCGAGUUCCACCAGGUGAGAAGAGUGAUGACCAUCCUUUUCCUUACUAUGGUUAUUUCAUACUUCGGUUGCAUGAAGGCUGCCCCCAUGAAAGAAGCCAACCUCCGAGCACAAGGCAGCUUGGCCUACCCAGGUGUGCGGACCCAUGGGACUCUGGAGAGCAUGAAUGGGCCCAAGGUGGGUUCAAGAGGCCUGACGUCCUCGUCGUCUUUGGCUGACACUUUUGAACACGUGAUCGAAGAGCUGUUGGACGAGGACCAGAAAGUUCGGCCCAGCGAGGAAAAUAAUAAAGACGCGGACAUGUACACGUCCCGGGUGAUGCUCAGCAGUCAAGUGCCUUUGGAGCCCCCUCUCCUCUUCCUGCUCGAGGAAUACAAAAAUUACCUGGAUGCCGCAAACAUGUCCAUGAGGGUCCGGCGCCACUCGGACCCCGCCCGCCGCGGGGAGCUGAGCGUGUGUGACAGCAUCAGCGAGUGGGUGACCGCAGCGGAUAAAAAGACUGCAGUGGACAUGUCGGGCGGGACGGUCACGGUCCUUGAAAAAGUCCCCGUCUCGAAAGGCCAGCUGAAGCAGUACUUCUACGAGACCAAGUGCAAUCCCAUGGGUUACACGAAGGAGGGCUGCAGGGGCAUAGACAAGAGGCAUUGGAACUCCCAGUGCCGAACUACCCAGUCGUACGUGCGGGCCCUCACCAUGGAUAGCAAAAAGCGUAUUGGCUGGCGGUUCAUACGGAUAGACACUUCUUGUGUAUGUACACUGACCAUUAAGAGGGGAAGAUAGUGGCUUUAUGUUGUAUAGAUUAUAUUGAGACAAAAAUGAUCUAUUUGUAUAUAUACAUAACAGGGUAAAUUAUUCAGUUAAGAAAAAAAUUAAUUUUAUGAACUGCAUGUAUAAAUGAAGUUUAUACAGUACAGUGGUUCUACAAUCUAUUUAUUGGACAUUUCCAUGACCAGAAGGGAAACAGUCAUUUUUUGCGCACAACUUUAAAAAGUCUGCUUUACAUUCCUCAAUGUUGUGGUUUGUUGCCGUUGCCAAGAAUUGAAAAACGUAAAAAAAAAAAAAAGUUUAAAAAAUACUACUAAUAAAUUGCAUGCUGCUUUAAUUGUGAAUUGAUAACAAACUGUCCUCUUUCAGAAAACAGACAAAAAAAGAAAGAAAAAGUCUAACAAAAAUUUGAACCAAAACAAUCCGUUUACAUUUUAGACAGUAAGUAUCUUCGUUCUUGUUAGUACUCUAUCUGUUUUACUGCUUUUAACUUCUGAUAGCGUUGGAAUUAAAACAAUGUCAAGGUGC